CAGAUUCUUCCGAGCAGUGCUCCCUUAGAAGGUGGGACAAAACUGACACUGUGUGGAUGGGACUUUGGAUUCAGCAAAAAUAAUAGAUUUGAAUUAAAAAAUACAGUAGUCCAUAUCGGAGGACAAAUUUGUGCUCUGGAAGCAAAAUCUAGCAACCAAAACAAGCUAGAAUGCACAGUUCCUGCUGCAAAAUAUCCAAGUUUUAAUAUAUCCAGUAGUGUUUCUGUUGGACAUGGCAAAACACUAUUCAAUACAUUUUCGUAUGUGAAUCCUGUAAUAACAAGUAUCUCUCCCACUUAUGGCCCCAAAUCUGGAGGAACGUUGCUAACUGUGGCUGGAAAAUAUCUAAACAGUGGAAAAUCCAGAAGGAUUUUUGUUGGUGAGAAACCAUGCACUUUGAAAAGCAUAUCAGGGAGCACUGUGGAGUGCUACACUCCGGCACAACGAAUUCCCCAGGAAUAUCGUGUGAGGGUGGCAAUCGACGAAGCCGUGCGAGACGCCAGCGGUCAUUUCACAUACAGAGAAGACCCCGUUGUUUUAAAAAUUCAUCCGGCCAAAUCUUUUCUUAGUGGUGGAAGUACAAUCACAGCUCAGGGAAUCAACUUGAACUCCGUGUGCUUUCCUCAGAUGGUGAUUACUGUACCUAAACUGGGAAUGAACUUCUCUGUGGCAUGUAGCCACCGCUCUAGCUCAGAGAUAAUCUGCUGUACAACUCCUUCAUUGAAAGCCUUCAAUCUCCAACCACCCUUUGUAACCAAAGUGUUCUUUAUUUUCGAUGGUGUCAGCUCUUUGUACUUCGAUUUCGAUUAUGUAAAUAAUCCUGUAUUUAAGCAUUUUGAAAAGCCAGUGUUGAUCUCAAGAGGCAACCAAAACAUCCUGGAAAUUAAGGGAAAUUAUAUUGAUUCAGAAGCUGUUAAAGGAGAGGUGCUAAAAGUUGGAAAUAAAAGCUGUGAAAACCUCCUCCUGCAGUCGGAAUCAAUUCUGUGUACAGUUCCCAGCGAUCUCCUGAAGUCCAACAGCGAGCUAAAUAUAGAGUGGAAGCAAGAAGUUUUGUCAACAGUUAUAGGAAAAGUGCUGAUCCGACAAGAUCAGAAUUUCACGGGACUAAUUGCUGGACUUGUUUCAACAUCAGUUUUAAUUUUUAUCUUUUUGGUGUUUUUCUUCUGGAGAAGGAAGAAGAAACAAAUUAAAGAUCUGGGAAGCGACCUAGUGCGCUAUGAUGGCAGAGUGCAUACCCCUCACCUGGACAGGCUGGUGAGUGCGAGGAGUGUAAGUCCAACGACAGAAAUGGUUUCAAGUGAAUCUGUAGACUACAGAUCAACUUUUCUAGACGAUCAGUUUCCAAGCAUGUCUCAGAAUGGAUCAUGCAGACCUGCCCAAUAUCCUCACUCCGACCUCUCCCCGAUUCUGUCUAGUGGAGACUCAGAUUUAGCGAGUCCACUUCUCCAAACUAAUGUCCACAUUGACAUCAGUGCCUUAAAUCCUGACCUGGUCAAAGAAGUGCAGCAUGUGGUUAUUGGUGCUGACAGCCUGAUUGUGCACUUCAGCGAAGUAAUAGGAAGAGGACAUUUUGGGUGCGUGUACCAUGGGACAUUGCUGGAUAACGAUGGCAGGAAAAUUCAUUGUGCUGUGAAGUCACUGAAUAGGAUUACAGACCUGGAAGAAGUAGCUCAGUUUCUGAAAGAAGGAAUAAUCAUGAAAGAUUUCACUCAUCCCAAUGUUCUGUCGCUCCUGGGAAUCUGUUUGCCCAAUGAAGGCUCCCCCUUAGUUGUUCUUCCAUACAUGAAACACGGAGAUCUUCGAAACUUCAUUAGAAAUGAGACUCAUAACCCAACAGUAAAAGAUUUAAUUGGAUUUGGCCUUCAGGUCGCAAAAGGGAUGAAAUACCUUGCAAGCAAAAAGUUUGUCCAUAGAGACUUGGCAGCAAGAAACUGUAUGUUGGAUGAAAAAUUCACUGUCAAGGUUGCUGAUUUUGGUCUUGCUAGAGAUGUCUAUGAUAAAGAAUACUACAGCGUGCACAAUAAAACAGGAGCUAAACUGCCAGUGAAAUGGAUGGCUUUAGAAAGUUUACAAACUCAGAAGUUCACAACAAAGUCGGACGUGUGGUCCUUUGGGGUGUUGUUAUGGGAACUUAUGACAAGAGGGGCACCACCUUAUCCUGAUGUAAAUUCUUUCGAUAUAACUGUUUACUUAUUACAAGGAAGAAGGCUGCUACAACCUGAAUACUGCCCCGACCCACUGUAUGAAGUCAUGCUGAAGUGCUGGCAUCCAAAACCAGAGAUGCGUCCAGCAUUUUCCGAACUUGUUUCAAAAAUAUCAACAAUCUUCUCCACUUUUAUUGGGGAACACUACGUUCAUGUCAAUGCUACGUAUGUCAACGUGAAGUGCAUUGCUCCCUAUCCUUCUCUUUUAUCAUCACAAGACAACACAGACAUGGAUGUUGACACAUGACGGGUAUGUCUGAAAUAGAGGAAAAUCCAUUCUUA